UGUAAUUUCAUUUAAAAUGGGGAAAAAUGACUAAAGUGACCUUUGUAUUCCCAGCUGCUAUAUAAUUCAAUAUGACCAAAUAGCGACCAGACAUAUUAAUUACAGCAGCAGUUAACACCAUGAGUUUACAGGUCGCCAUUGACAAAUCACUUGAAAUAACCGAUGAAUUUUGGCAAGUGGAAUUUGGUGGAAACGUUGCCACUCGUGAAGAAACACAAGUUUUAAUUCGUCUUGUGAGAGAAACUAAAGCAAAACAUCUAAUUUUUUUCGACAACGUCUGCCAAAGACUAGACCUUCAUGACAGAAAGGUGUUUCGUAAAGUAGCGGCUUAUGUGUUCGACAAGAAUGUAGUAAAUUGGGGAAGAGUUGUGUCUCUGUUUUGUUUUGCUCGCACACUUGUGGAACAUGGCAGAAAAAAACGGAUUCCCCAUUUAGAAACAGACGUGAAAAACUGCUUGAAAAGGGAAUUACGAAUACGGAUGCAAAUACUGCACACAGAAUGCGGAAGCUGGGACGGAUUCCUAACAAAUUUUGGCGGAAAAUUUCCGUGGUGGUCCCGCUGGCUGUUUACAUUCUUUUAUGAGAUACAAAAACAUGUUUCGACAUUUUAUAGCCAAUGAAUUUACGUAUCGAAGCUUAGCAAAAUUCAGCAACCUUGUACCCAUGUUCUUAAUAAGUUUCGUGUUUACCAGUCAUCAGAAGACUAAUUAAAAAUAAUCAUGUGCCCGGAUAACAAGUUAAGGUUGAAAAAAUGCUUAUUCAAAAGAGAAUCUUGCUCGUGAAUAAAAAAAAAUCCUGGGCACAAGGUUGGUUUGUUGGUUUUAUCUGUUUUAAGUUGCAGAAAAUAUUUAUUUAGAUCUUAUUUAUUACGUUUUUUCUCGCCUAUAAUUUAUGUUUCUCAAAUUUACAAAAAUGUAUAAAUCCUUAAAAAGAAACCUUGUUAAUAUAAUACCCUGUAAAAUUUCGAAAAAAAUAAAGUGUGCAUAAAAAAACGGAGCAGAAGAUAUUUGCUUCCAAUAUUGUGCGCCACACUGUUCUAAAGAAUGUAAAUAUAAUAACGUCGAAAAGUUACUUUAGUACAACACAGACACGGAGUCUCGGUACGAAAGUGAUAAAUGUAAACAUAUAGAAUAUUCCUUCACAGCCGAUCAGAAAAUUGUUACGUUGUUGCAAUUCAGGAAAACGCUGAAAUCCCUGAAAUUUUUAUAUUUGUUCCCCCGAAACAUAUUAAAUCCAUAUUUUGCGUACUUGCACAUUAUAUCAAUUCAACGGCAGACGACAUUUGUUAGGUGCUGGUGGGGAAAUAUACAAAUAUAUCUUGAAAACUUGUAAAUAUUGUAAAAAAACUGUAAAAUAUGACAAAUGCAUAUAUGCAAGAAAAAUAAUUUCUCCUUUAUUUUUACCCAAUACAUUAUAUCGGGGAUAAAUUCGUAGGGAAAAUAGGAAAAAACUUGCUUCGAUAGCAAAUUAUUUUUAAUCGGUUAUUUAAUACUGCAAUCAGAAGUAUCGCGUUGUUAUUCUUCUCAAGGUUUUUAUUAGAACACAGAAAAUUACGAAAAUAGCCGCAAUUUUCGGGGAAAAUUAUUUGACAGGAAAUAAAUUAGGAAAAAGUCGUUCUUUGGGGAAUAUUUCCGUCACUUGACAUAUUUCGUCACUUUCCUGACGACGAAUUCUUGCCUAAUAACUUGAGUAAUUUCAAAUUUAUUAAAAAUCGCCUCUCAACUGUUACAAUGUUGAAACAUAAUUAAUCUAGGACAUGCGGUCGUGGUUAGUGCCGAUUGAUGGAGUGAACAUUGAUGGUUGGUAGAAAAGAUGUUUUUCAAUAAUAAGUGUACAUGUUAUACAAAAAUCGAACAAAUUGCGACCCUCCUAGCCAUUACUUCUUAUUUCAGAUCUUAAAAUGAAAAUGCAACUACUUUAAAAAAGACCCCAUCACUAACUCCCACCCCACCCUCUUACAAUAAUAAGGUUACCAAUAGUUUCUAUAUUUCUAAUACACAGAAUUUGGAUGGUUUUUUCAACUAUAUAACCUCAGUCGUAAUAUAUUAAGCGCGUAUCAGGUUUUGCACAAAGGGAUUAGGCGUAAUUUAGCGCAUCCGCGUAGCGAUAAUUUUGCACAAUUCUGCGUGUUAUAAUGUUUCUUUUGUUUUACAUUUUAGUGUACAUGAACGUAACUUUUUUUUUAAACUUCCGUUAUCGCACACAUUAAUUUUCGAAUCUUUCUUUCACGCGUAAUAAGUAUUAAAACUUUUGCAUACGCAUGCUAUUUGAUAGGAUGUGAAUGGGAGGAUAAAAUCGUGUUGAUGCAAAACAUACAAAACUCUUUGGCUGAUUGGUGCAACCACUUGAAAUCUAUUAUCUGUUUGCAGCAGUUUACAAAGUACGUAAACUACAAAAAAUCCAACGUUGUUUCCAGGGUCCCUUGCCUUUUUAAUUUUUGCACGGAAAGACAAAGGAUGUAAAAUAGGCAAGAGAGCCCGGAAAUAAGGUUGUAAAAAAUCCCGAAAACUAUACGACAUACCUAUGAAAUAUGUAUAAAAAGGACGCUAGGAACACGUUGUCAUACAAUAAGCCUUUAACUGUAACACAACUGACCAACUUCGCUUCCAUUUCACCACACCAAUGACGUCAAACAAUUGAUGCUAUCAAUGUUAUGCACACAUACAUUUAGAGUUUCUCAAAAUAAAUUGCUUUUAUAACGAUAAAGCUACAACCUCGAUCCCAUGUCGAAACAUAUAAGGAGCUGGACUAGAGCCGGAGUAGCCAAUAACAUCUCACGUAAAUAAAAAAGUAAAUAAUCAUCAUUUAAGAAUAGCAGCCCUAUAGCAUAUUUACUCCUAAAAAUAAAUCUAUUUAUACAUAUUUAUACAAUUAAGUUUGGUUUCUUAACACAAAUACUAAUUUUAAGUAAAAUAUAAACGAAAAAUGUUAUAAAUGUAGACGCAAAAAACAUUACCAGAAAUAUUCACCAUGUCGUUUUUUUUAUUAUUGAAGAUUGGUCAGUAAAUUGAAAUAGACAUUGCAAAAGACGUCUGAAUUUAUGACCUUUAAAAAAGAUAAUCAGUUUUCCUAAAAGAUGAUCUUGCAACAUGUCUAUCAGUUUACAAAAGUUGUGCCUAUCUGCAAAUAUGUUGUGCCAUCCGCGGAGGUUCUGCCUAUCUGGAAAUAUGUUGUACCCAACUCUAAAUGUGUUGUGCCAUCUUCAAAUACGUUGUGCCCAUUUGUUAACCAUACCAAAUUGAACUGUUGUUAUACCAUGUCAGUUUAUUGUUAACACAACUGAAACAAAACAUUAUGUCCCUUUAAAUUAAAAAAUAAAUAUACCUCACUGAAAAAUUUUUGGGAAAAAAACUUAUCUACAUUAUUGGAGAAAAUACACAAAACUGCAUGGUAGACCAUUUUAUACAUUCAGAGCGCUGUUUUAGCCUUAUCUGACUCCAAGGUAUUCAAGAUCCGGAAGACAUGGAAGCUAGCAUUCGCCUUUUUUUAUUCAUAAAAACCCAUCUUAACAUCUGUCACAGUAUCACCGAUUCAUUCCACUUUUACGUCAAUUCAGUAACUACCCAAGCCUUGUUGAACUUUUUAUAGACUUUCGCGUGGCUCACAAAGUGGUACAUGUCUUACUGUAGAUUUAAAAUUUUCUCAAAAUAAUUUAUAUAUAUAUAUAUAUACACAAAAAGAAUGGUAUUCGAAAUGUUCGUCAAAUUGACAUAUUUAUAAAUAAUUCUUUGUAAAAUUGAAAUGAAUGUGACGUACUUUCAUCCGACGUAAAAUAUACUGGUAUGGUUAUGACGAGUAAACAGUCAACAUCAUACAAACGGAUCACGUUAAAUGCUUUUUGAUACCGACCGCGACGGAAAUUUACGCAAUAACGUUCACCGAAGUUGUUUAAGAGAUUCUUUAAUUCGUCCAAGAAAUCAACGCCUUUUAUUUUCACGUGUUAUCCAGCACGUGUUUAAUUGCAUUUAAAGUCGUCGUAUCAAGUACGCACAGAUCAAAUUCGAACGUCGUCGAGCUGAUUUCAAAAGCACCGGUAUUUUCAACAAUAUCGACAAGUUGUUGCAACGCGUCUGUGUUUUCAAUGUUGUUGAUCUUUUUAUACAUUUCAGCAAGUUCUUGAGAAGACAUGUUUAACGCCUUCCCGUUUUGUACAGGCUUUGCAAUCUCAGUUGAUGUACGCGACCUAAAAUGUUUAAACAAAAAUUUCAGGCGUUAUUUGCCAAACAAUGAAUUUGAACGUUUCUAAUUUUUAUAUUUCAAAAAAUGUUCUCAACACGUUCUUGGGGAUUACAAAAUUAACAAAACAUAACCUCACUCUCUCUCCCUCACGAGGAGAAAAAUGUAAAAGCACUGCUCUCCCACGUGAAACAACAUUAAAAACUAAAACUAAAUUUUUACUUUUUCAGUGCGUCCUUUUUACUUGUGUUCAACUUCCCAUUGGUUAUAAUUUGGUUAUGUACUUUAGAUUUUCUAGGUUUGGUAGUCGUGGUAGCAGUGGUGGUGGUACCACUGUUAGAUGAUGAAUUGGAUGAAGUGGAAUAGUUAAAUUGCUCUGGUGUUUGUUUGUUUUGCUUGACUUCUUCGUUCGGCACAACAAUAUGCAUCUCGUCGUCAGACGUACUCCCUUCUUCGGCAAACUCGGCCAACAAAGCGUCCACCCUCAUGUUCUGUUUUCCUGUGGUGGUGACCACAUUAUUCAAAACAGCACCCGUUCCAGCCGAAGGAGGCAAAGCAGCGGUGUUUUGUGUGGGUGAACCAUUGGUUUCAACAUUACUCGUUGUAGACCACGCGUCAUCAGCGGUGCGUUUGAAUAUGAACUUCUGUAUUUUAGGCAUACCUUCUUUAUCAGGCGAGACCUUCUUCUCGCUCUUCUUCUCCUUCUCCUUUUCCUUCUCUUUCUUUGUCUUCAUUUCUUUACCUUUCAGUGUACCCUCUUUGUUUAUAUAUUUAGGACUACCACUAACUCCAUUAACCGGCUCGGUUGAUUUCCGGCGUUCUUUUAUCUUCUUAACACUGCUUUUGGGCAUUUUUAUGCUAUCCACAGCUUCAGUAGCAGGAUUCAGGAUAGGAAUCUCUUUUAACGAAGGAUUUGAAAUAUCGUGUUUCUCGAUCUUCUUUUUCUUCGCCUUAGGAAAGGUCUCAUCGCUGACACUAUUAGAGCGCUUCGCACUUUGAGCGAAAUCUUUAGGCUUGGGUUUCGACGAUGAAUGCAGUUGUUGUUUCUUAGCAGUGCUCGGUGACGAACCAUGUGAGGAAGCAGGCGAUGUAGUGCGGUUUGGAUCAGCCUUCACACCGUUGCUGGACGGACUGCAAGAAUUCACAGUAAAAAAAAGUAUAUAUAUAAGUAUUUUUAUAUUCUUUAUCACAGGUAUUUAAGCCCACCAACACGAAAAAUCCACGACAUAAACAAAUGUCAAAAUUAUUCAAAUAAAUUCAUGGGAAGUGGAGUACAUAAAAAAACUACAUGCGCAACUACUUGGAAAUGUUAUAUAUUUUAGUAUUUCCAAGGCUUUUCCUGGAACAUACUGUCGCUAACAAUACAUUCAAGAAUACAUUUUAAGGAAAAACUUCAGUGUUAAAAGAAAAAUAUUCCCACCUUGUUCCAGAGGAGGAGAGCACGACCGCUCCUCCCUUUAACAGUUUUUUCUCGAAAUCUUCUGAAGGGUUUAAAAAAGUCAACGCCUCAACUUUGGUGAUGUUCAAGGGCGGCAUACCGACAAUUUGUAACGUCAAGUCGUAGUCAAAACGAACUUUUCGAGGGUCCUCCUUAUUGCGGAAAUAUAUUUCUACUUUCAAAGUAAAACUGCCAUAACCUGACUCGGAUACUCUGUAGGGUGGCUCCUUGAUAACUAAGUAAAAAGUAAAAAGUUAUGAGAAGGUCCAGAAAUGUAAAAUGACCUUUAAUUGCCCUUGUUUAUCAGUGGCAUUAAAUGUUGCUAAUUUUGUGCUAAAUUUUUUAGAAAAGUUUUGUGAAGGUAAUUAAAAAUUAAAUCUUAUAAAUUCAAAAGAAGAAUUUUUUGAAUUUCCGCGCCUGAAGGCGUAGGAAAUUCUUUAAAACCGUCGUUUUUUUUUUUCGGAGCAUUUUUUGAGAAAAAAUCGACCCUGGGAUUUCACGUUCCUCUGAGAGGAGGAUAGUAUUGGUAUAACUGACGAACUAACUAACCCUGUCCCAAAUGGUCAACUGCAACGUCACAGAUUUAAACUUCGUACCCAAGCUUCCUAAGUACUGGGAAUUCAUCUAAAUGACGUUUCAGGCCAAAAUUGGUAUUUGUUUUCGACAAAAUUUGGCACAGUUAACAAAAAAAAGUAUGCUGAACGAAAUGGUGACAUCAUAAUUUUAAUUUUUGUCACCUAAAUGUCAUUUUAGGCCAAAAUUGGUCCAAAAAUUAAAACUACUUUAUCUUCAACAAAAUUUGGCACAGUUAACAAAUAAAGUAUGCUGAACGAAAUGGUGACAUCAUAAUUUUGAUUUCUUGUUACUUAAAUGUUAUUUUAGGCCAAAAUUGGUCCAAAAAUUAAAACUACUUUAUUUUCAACAAAAUUUGGCACAAUAAACAAAUAAAGUAUGCUGAACAUGAUGGUGAUAUUAAAAUUUUGAUUUUUUGCCACGUUAAAUGUCAUUUUAGGCCAAAAUUGGUACAAAAAAUAAAACUACUUUAGGGAUCGUCCACAAAUUUCGUCCCAUUAACGAGACGCUAUAAGACGAAAAAGUUAAAAAAAAUUCGUCUCGUUUUGUUCUUAAUUGAAAUUGAGACGAUUUAAAAAUCGUCUCAUAAAUAUCAGGAGACGAUAUUUUGUCAAUUCGUCUCAGAAUAAAAAAAGUGGAACAAAAUAUUUUAAGACGAAUUGAGACGAAUUGAGACGCUGCGGUAAAAUCACGGAGACGAAUUGAGACGAAUUAAGACGCUGCGGUAAAAUCACGGAGACGAAUUGAGACGAAUUAAGACGCUGCGGUAAAAUCACGGAGACGAAUUGAGACGAACUAAGACGACAGGGUUUCUUAAACACGAAAA